AUGAAUAUUUCUGCAGCACCCUCGCCUCUGCUGGCGCCGACGCCGCCAGACUUCUAUCAUUGUUCCCAAUUCUAUGCUCAGAAGGAUGUACCUGACUACGAUGACUGCGAGGUCGCCGUCGGCCUGCUGCCGUCCGGAAACGCGCAGAUUCCCUGGUAUCUCGAUCCUCAAAGAGGGGACCCCGAAAUGCUAUCGUACACCGCAACGCACGGAACGUGCGAACUACAGAUGCAGGUCGCCGGCCAGGGCGCCGACGGCAGCCGGCAGAAUUGGCUUUCGGGGAACUUCAUGCGACAGAUGGCACGCCUGGCCAUGGAGAAAUGCAUCAUAGCGCACAUCACGGGAGGGUAUGUGACAAGGGGCUUCGCGAAGCAGCUCAACUAUGUCACCUCGCCCGAGACCAAGUAUGAGGACGCGUUUCCUCCAAGUACGGCCUUCCUCACGAUGAUGAUACGUGACUCCGGUUCCGACGACGAUCGAUACAGUCCCGGGGAUCGGGACCCGUAUACAGGACAACGCCUUGUGGACGCGCUCGAAGCGGCGGUUUACAUGGCGGCGGCCGGGAGUCCGGCGAGGGAGAAUCUGCAACGGAAUCUCGACCACUGGUAUGAGACGGUGCGGAGGAUGGACGGCACCAGAGACUGGUGGCAAGAUGUUCCCCGAAGUAGUGGUAACCCCACUGGGGUUGGUUUGACGAUUUCGAUUGUGAACUCGACGUUCGCAUGUGGAAACGGGGCCGAAGGGAUUACACUGCCACCCAAGGCAUGCUUAUAG